AUGGCUAACAAGGUCAGUACAAGACCGGUCUGUCCCCGUCCUCCCCUUGUAGCCUCGGAUCACGACUUGGACGUUGUUCCGAACCAGAGUGGAAGCCUGCGUUCUGUCCAACUACCAAAGGCGCAGCAGCUAUGGCGCGUCAUCCGGCUUCCUUCGGUUUCCUUGUCGUCCAACUAUUUCUGCUGCUCGCUGCGCUACCCUUCGUAGCAUCGGCAAAGUUAGAGUCCACUGGCAUUUCCGUAAGGCUCAACCAAAUUGACUAUUAUAUCUCGCCUUUUCCCGCUGCCAAUGUCACAGUAGGCCUUGACGACCUCAGCAAUGUACCGACCGUCUUCGGCUUCAAGCCGGUGACCGUGGUGGGCACACCGACGGUCAAGUCGGAUCUGGCCGCUCUGUUCAAGAACUGGACAUCAACCGACGACGUUUUCAACAGGGGCUUCAUCAAUGCCGUUUUCCUGGCUGGAGCUGAUGCGGUCUCGAACCAGGUCAUCUUCAACUCGUGCACCUCAGGAUCAGUCAUAUUGCCCCUUGACGCACACCCUGGAAGCGCCGUGCCUUCAGGACCAUACUUCCUCGAGACCGCAACUGGGCGCCUUUUCCCCGUCUACAGGCUCUACGUCGACUUCGCGGGCGCCUUCUCCACGUCCCUGCUGCAGCGCCCAGACGGUGGCUUUCAGCCGCUGUCGGCCCAGGUUCAGUCGUCAUCAUCCCUGACCAUCGGUGUGCCCAGUCGGCUCUACUACACUCGAACGGCCGAUAAGCCGCUUGCAGGUGUGCGAAUAGGAGUCAAGGAUAUCUUCGCCCUCAAGGGCGUCAAGCAGUCGAAUGGCAACAGGGCCUGGUACCAGCUGUACCCUGCUGCGGAGCAGACGGCACCGGCCAUUCAGAGACUCAUCGACGCCGGGGCCGUCAUGAUCGGGUUGCAAAAGCCAAGCCAGUUCGCCAACGGAGAGAGUCCCACGGCCGACUGGGUUGACUACCACGCGCCGUACAACCCACGCGGCGAUGGCUACCAGGACCCGAGCUCUUCAUCUUCGGGUGCGGGAGCAUCGGUGGCGAGCUACGACUGGCUUGAUAUUGCCAUCGGGUCGGACACGGGUGGCUCCAUCCGCGGGCCUGCCAGCGUGGGCGGCAUUUUCGGGAACCGUCCCAGUCACGGACUGGUCACCCUCGACGGCGCCAUGCCGCUGUCCCCUUCGCUCGACACGGUCGGUUUCCUACUGCGGGAUCCCCAUCUUUGGGAUGUUGCCAACAAUGUAAUAUUUUCAGGCAACUACACUUCGGUUGUCAAGGCGAGCUACCCAAAGCGCAUCCGUACCGUAGGGUUCCCGGCUGCCAACGCCACGGAGCCCUGGGCAGUGCUGUUGAAUGGGUUUGUUCAGAAGCUGGCAAGCCUUGUGGGAAAUGACAGCAGUGUUGAGCCCAUGGAUCUCAACAACGAGUGGAUAAGAUCCGGUCCAGCCGACGUCAAGGGGACCACGUUGUCUCAGAUGUUCGGGGCCACCUACGCUGUAAUCAUCAGCAAACACCAAACGGAGCUGGUGCGGGAUCCCUUCUACCGGGACUAUGCCGCCGCUUUCGACGGCCGCAGACCUUUUGUCAACCCGGCUCCCCUCGCGCGCUGGGCAUAUGGCGACAGCCUGCCUGCGACUGCCCUCUCCGACGCCCUCCGUAACAAGACAAUCUUCAAGGAUUGGUUUAAUGACUUGGUUCUUCCCCGAGUGUCCGAUGAGGCGCAGUGCACGUCAUCCAUCGUUCUGUAUCCCGCCUCCACCGGCUCCGGGCAGUCGUACCGCAACCGAUACUCAGGCCCGCCCAGCGUGCCGAUAGGUUUCGCCACGAGCCGCGCCAGCGUGUUCGCCGAGGUCCCCGACAGCGUGUUCCCUCUGGGUGAAGUGGUUGCGAGAAGCAACAUUAGUGCCCAUGACGAGCUGUAUCCGGUCGGCGUGAAUGUGCUUGUCGCCAAGGGGUGUGAUGGGCUGCUGGCCAGGCUGGCGGCGGAUCUGAUAGAUGCUGGUGUGCUGAAGGUUCCAAAGGCUGGCAGGACCAUGGAGGGCGGCGUGCCUGCCAUGAGGUAG